AUGCCUGACUUACCAAACAUGGGAAAGCAAUUGCUUUCCCAUCCCCACGAUUCCUUUCCCAUGAACCAAACGGGGCCCUACAGCUGCUCAUUUCCUCCUCAUGUGACAACGACACAACACCAACGACCACAUCUCCUCUCCUCUCAAUUUCUGUCUGAUUUUGAUUUCUUCCACAAGUGCUCCUCCUUCUGUGACAACAUCGCGAGACAGGGUCGGCGGUGUCAUAUCCUUUACCCAAUUCCUCUCUCAUAUCAAUUUAAGUUGAUGUGUAGAUUUACAGCAGCUGCUUCUUCUUGGGUAAUCUUCAUCUUUAUAAGCUACUUCAGGCCAGGGAGUUAUGAUCUAAACUAG